UCCCAGUCGUGUCGACUUGCAUGACACACAGUCAUAAUCUUGAAUGAAUGUAAUAAAAUUAUAAUUAACCCCAUCUCAAUGUUCAUUAGUCAUUCGUYGACUCGUCCUUUUCACUCAUAUUAGUCAUAUUAAUCAAUACUCAAUAGUCACACUAAGUCACUUCUCACACCUCACACGUAUUGUACUCGUAAUUUGACUACAAGUUUUCUCUUUGUUAGUGGUUACUGGUUAGUCAAUACUCAAUAAUUCAAGUUGACUGUCAUUACUCUUWCAGUGUCUAACAUAUUUUAUUUGUUUGCUUAGUGUUACAUUACUUUUAAUUCCAAUAAUUCAUAAACAUGAGCUACCCCGGAUAUCCUCCUAACAAUCAGGGAUUCCCUGGCCAACCUGGAGUGCAACAGCCUGGCUCCCAGUUACCCUAUCCACCAUACCCCGGAGGUAAUAUAGGACAGCAAGGGUAUCCAAUGCAAAGUGCUUAUCCACCAGGUCAACCCAGCUAUCCCCAACAGAACCCAUACCCUCCUCAAGUAGGUCAAUAUCCACCACAACAACCUGGACAGUUCUUACCUCAGUCUGGUACAUAUGCUCCAAAUCCAUCCAUGUAUCCACCAUCAGCUGUACCAAGCCAAUGCCUAUCAUCUACUGUUGGAGGUCAAUAUCCAUCCUCUGUACCAGGCCAAUAUCCACCACAAGCCUCCCCAUAUCCAAAUGCCCAACUGCCAUCUGGCUACGCACCUCAGUCUGCUGCCUACCCAACUCAAUCAACAUACCCAUCUCAAUCAGCUUACCCACCCAAUCAACCAGCAACUUCAGUUUAUCCGAAUAUGACAGCUGGUGGUUACGACAGUGGUUCUCGAGUUCCACCACAAGCAGCAUAUCCACCUAUUAGUACUCCUGCUCAUUAUCAACCAUUGAGCAGCUCACCUGCUCAGAAAAAGUCUAAUCCAACAGUUCGACCAGCCAAUCCAUUUGAUCCACGUCGUGAUGCUGAAAUAUUGCGUAAAGCUAUGAAAGGGUUUGGAACUGAUGAAAAAUCAAUAAUACAGGUUUUGGCCCAUAGAGUUAAUUCUCAAAGACAGGAAAUUGCAGUUCAAUUUAAAACUAUGUUCGGUAAAGAUUUAAUAUCUGAUUUGAAAAGUGAACUGAGUGGAAAGUUUGAAGAUUUGGUUGUAGCACUGAUGACACCUACAUAUGAUUUUCUUGCUAAAGAAAUUCACCAUGCUAUUGAUGGUAUUGGCACUAAUGAAGAAACAAUAAUUGAAAUCAUAUGCACGGCUUCUAAUGCUGAGAUUAAUAACAUAAAAAUGGCAUAUCAUAAGUUAUUUGGAAAUGAUUUAGAAAAGGAGCUUAUGGGAGAAACAUCAGGAAGUUUCCGCAGAUUAUUAGUGUCACUUUGUCAGGGGCAACGCAAUGAAAAUACAUUUGUCGAUGUUGCAGCUGCACAAGCUGAUGGACAAAACUUGUUACAAGCUGGUGAACUGAAAUUUGGAACGGAUGAAUCUACAUUCAACAUGAUCUUGUGUAGCCGUAGUUACUGUCAAUUACAACAAGUAUUUUUGGAAUAUCAUCGUCUAACUGGGAGAGACUUUGAAGAUGUCAUCAAAAGUGAAUUCAGUGGAGAUAUUGAAAAUGGGCUUAGAGCAAUUGUGAAAUCCGUAAGAGACAAAAGUUCAUACUUCGCCAAACGUUUGCAUGAAAGCAUGGCUGGUUUUGGUACAAAUGAUAGAGCAUUGAUUCGUAUUGUUGCAACUCGUUGUGAAAUAGAUAUGGUUGAAAUAAAGAAUGCUUACAUGUCAAUGUAUGGGAAAUCAUUGGAGGCUGAUAUUGCGGACGAUACAUCAGGUGACUACAAAAAAUGUUUGACGGCUCUAAUUGUUGGCUAAAAAUAAUAUAUGUCUAUAUUUAUUUUAAUUUUAUGCAGUAUUCUAUUUAUGUGAUCAUUAAUACAUUUUACGCCUUUUGCAUUAUUUAAUCUUGAAAUCUGAAAUUGAUAUUUAAUAUUUACUAUUUUCAUAGUUUUGCAUUUAAUUUUAAUAUUGUAUACAACUAUAUUUUUACUCAUUCUUAGAGCAAGAUUUAAAUUAUGAUAAUUCAAUCUUAWUAUUUAUUMUUUUUUCAUCUACUUAGAAUCAUAUAAAUUUUGGUAUUUUUAAGUUAAAUACUUCGGGCUUGGGUAUUUWAAAAAUAACAGUUAUUUUUAGAUCAUAUAUCUACAUAAUUUAUUAUAAACAUUUCUAUUCUUUUACCAUUUAACACAUGAUAAACAUUUAAACUCACUUCGCCAAAUUAAUAUAAUUCAUUUUCAU